GAAAAAUGGAAGAUAAGAAAGAUACCGAGCCAGAAAAUGGAAACGUCAAAGUUGUCUGCAGGUUCAGACCAGUAAACCAAAAUGAGUUGGACAGGAGCGGAGAGAAACAAAUUUGCCAAUUCAGCAAAAACAAGAAAUCGGUCACCAUUCUUCGUUCGAAGAACUCUGACGGCUCUGUGAGCAGUAACAAGUUCACAUUUGAUAGGGUCUUUGAUACGCAGGUAACACAGAGGAAAGUUUAUGAAAAAGCAGCAAAGCCUAUUAUCGAGGGAGUACUUAAAGGGUUUAACGGAACAGUUUUUGCUUAUGGACAAACUGGCUCUGGGAAAACCCAUACCAUGCAAGGGCCAGAUAUCGAAGACCUUGAGCAGCAAGGAAUCGUUCCUAGGAUGAUCAGAACAGUAUUCAACCGUAUCAACUCCUUAGAUGAUAACGUAGAAUAUACCAUCAAAGUCUCCAUGGCUGAAAUUUAUAUGGAGAAAAUUAAGGAUUUGCUCAAUCCCACCAAGGUGAAUUUGAAAAUCAAGAAAGAUAAAGACAGAGGAAUUUACGUACAGGGUUUAACGGAACAAUACAUCGCAUCUGAGACUGACGUGUACAAUAUAAUGAAAGUUGGUAAUGCCAAAAGAACUGUUGCAAGCACUCAGAUGAAUGAUGCGUCUUCAAGAUCUCACUCUAUCUUCAUCAUGAAUAUAACACAGAACAAUUUGGAUGAUCAUUCUUCAAAGUCAGGAAAUCUUUACCUUGUUGAUUUAGCAGGAUCUGAGAAAGUAGCAAAAACCAAUGUAUGUGGAACACAGUUAGAAGAAGCUAAAGGAAUCAAUCAGUCAUUAAGUACUCUUGGUAAGGUCAUCCAUGCUUUGACAGAUAAGAAAAUUAAGCAUGUUCCUUACAGAGAUUCAAAGCUCACCAGGAUUCUGACAGAAUCUUUGGGAGGUAAUGCGAAAACAUGCUUAAUUAUAACAUGUUCGCCCUCAUCAUACAAUGAGCUGGAAACUAUUUCAACUCUGAGGUUUGGAACUGCUGCUAGGAACAUCAAAAAUAAGCCUAAAGUAAAUAAGAAAUACACCGUAGCAAAGCUGAAACUGAUUGUGUCUCAGAAGAAUAAAUUGAUCUCAACCCUUCGAGAGAGGAUCCUUUGCUUACAAAAUUUUAUUAAGGAAAAUGGUCUUGAGGUUCCCUCAGACAAAACUCUUAAGGAGCUUGCCGUAAAGCUUGGCCCUGAAGUUGACAAGAUUAUUAAGGAAGAACAGGAAAUGAACGAUGAAGAGGAAAAGGAUAAUUCUGAAAGAGACUCAGAAGGGUCUAAGAUCGAUGAGGAUGAUGCUGAUGACCUUAUAGAUGAAGAAAAUAAGGAGAAAUCCAAGAAAUUCCUCCAGUUAGUUGAAUCAAACACUGACAACUCUUCAAAAACUAGGGACAAAAUCAUGGCUGAGUACCUUAAGAUCCAAAAACUCCUAUCUCAAGAGAGAGAAAAAUGCCAAAAACAGGUGGACCUAAUUUCGAACCUCAAAGAAGAUCACCAAAUCUUCCAAUUAAAAAUCAAAAAGUUAUCCCUAAUAAGGGAAAAUUUUGACAACUACAAGGAAACCACUGAACAAAAGGUGAAUGAAUUCAAGGAAGAAACCGAAGACGCUAAGAAUAAACUAGAGAUUACGAAUGCCAAAAUGACCAAGGUUAAAAGAGAACUAGCCGAAAUCAAAAAGCUCUAUGCCACAGCUAAGGCUAAAGUUGAGAGAUAUGAAGAGAAAGGCACUGAGUUCAUGAUUGAUGAAUCCAAGCAGAACAAGGAGUUUAGAAAGAAGGUUAAAGCUCUACAUGACCAAAUUGCUGAAAGAGAUCAACUCUUGAGCCAGAUACAGCAUAAUCCUGAGGUCAGUUCAGACCUUAAAGCUAUUAUUGAAGAGUCUCAGCAUCAACUCUUGGAUCAAGAGAGGCAAGCCAUGGCAGAUAGCGAUAAUCCUCUGCUUAAGAAGUUCCUUAUAGAAGGGGGAGAUAUCAAUCUGGUCCCAAAGCAGGAUUCUUGAUACUUAGCUCCCUCUGAUGUUGAACGAAUUAUCGCCAAGCAGAAAGAGAAUCAGAAAUUGCUUUUAGAAAAGAAGAAGAAAGCCUCCAAUCUUAAAAAAGAAAAUAGUGAUCUCCUAGCUAAGAUAGCCUCCUUGGCUAAUAUCGAGAAGUCUGACCUAGAAUCGGUCGCUAACGCGAUGGCUGAAGAAAAGCUUGAAGAUAUUAAAGAGCAGUUUACCAACGAGAAAGAGAAGAUCAUGGAAAGUCUUCAGAUAAGGAGCGAGAAAGUUCUCCAACUUGACGAAAAGACAGAUAUCCCCUACAAAAAGUCCACUAAACUAAGGGAUAGCUUUGAUAGUGACCAUUCUGAUAAGGCCAAGAUAAUACGGAAUUAUGAAAAGAACAUUGAGUCCUUGAUCCUUAUCCACCUCCAAACCUCUUUUGAAUUAUCAGCAAUGAAGGUAGAAAUGAAGGUCUCCCAUCGUCAAGUGAAAUCUCUCACUAAAAAGCUUGAGAGUGCAAAGAAGGACCUGAAGAUGAAAUCUGAUGACAAUAAAGACUUAAGAAAGAUCGUCUCUAAUCUACAAAAUACUGCUGAAAACGCCACAUUCUUCCAGCACAGGAACACUAUAGUAAGUCCUCACCAUAGUACCUUAAGGAAGGUGAUCAAGAAGACCAAGAAGUCAUAA